GAGAGAGAGAGACACGCACUUGCAAUAUACUUUUGGUAUACUCCCAACUUUCUUAAAUAGAAGACAAGAAAGAAGAAAACAUUAAAUGAUGUAGUCCUAGAUACACGAUAUCCGAGCAAAAGAAAAGAAAAAAAAAAAAAGAAUUGAGUUUAAAAAGGAAGUAAAACGAAAUAAAAAACAUCUCCGAUGGUCAACACUAGUUAACUUUUAUCCGUCUGUUUGUCCGACCAGAAAUAUUAUGGCGGUAAACAACAACAACAACAACAACAACAACAGCAUCAGCAGCAGCAGGAGUUGUUAUAAGCAAAAGUAAAUAACAGCCAGCAACAACAACAUCAAUACCAACUGUUAGAAGGAGCAGCAUCGUAACAACAGCAACAUCAAAAGUAACGAUUGUAGUGGCAGUAGCAGCAGCAGCAGUAGUAGUAGUAAUAGUAGUAGUAGCAGAUGUGACAGCAGUAGCAGCAGCAACGACAACAACAACAACAACAGCGCUACUUAAGAAACGGAAGCCAAUUAAAUAAAAAAAUAAAUAAAAUAAAAGUGAAAUAAGCCGGAAAUCUCAAAAAAUUUCUUUCGUUUUAGAAGAAUAAAAAAGUGUUUAAGAAAGGAAGAAAGGAAGAAAGGAAGAAAGGAGUCUGAGUAAGUAAACCAAAAAAAAAAAAAAAAAAGAAAAAAAGGAAAAAAAGGGGGUAGCAGAAAUAUUUAAUAAAGCGACUAAAAGUUUGGUAUCGGUUGAGCAUCGAAUCAUUUGGAAGAUUUUUCUGCAUAAAGUUGCAGACGCGUUCUUACACGCGAUGAAGUUGGUCGUGUUUUUAACCGUGUCCUGAUAAACAAAUGACAACCCGCCAUCGACGACAACAACGACAACAGCGGCGAUAACAACAACAACAACAACAACAACAACAACAAUACCAACACUAGAAACAAUAAUUGCACCACCACCACCACCACCACCACCACCAACAGCAGCAGCAGCAGCAGCAACAGCAGUGGUACUUUCAUUAAAAUAACCGUGACAAUGUUUUUUCAUAGUCGUGUUUCUAAUUGUAAAUGAAACUCGGAGCAUUCUUAAAUGUGUCAAGACAGGGAAAAAACAACAACGACCACGACAACAACAACAACAACAACAACAACAACAACAGUGUUACUUACAUUGGAAUAAUUGCGACCAAUUUUUUUUUUGUUUUUGUUCCUAAUCGUGUUGUGAAUUUUACUGAAACUCGGAGUAUUCCUAAAUGUGCCAAGAUAAACACCGACAAAAUCUGAGAGGAGUAUUUGUUUGAUAACAGGCGGAAGAUUUUGUUUGUUUUUUUUACAUUUCAAAUGAAUAGAGUUGAUUAACUCACCAGUUGAUAUACCUUGAAGGUUAUCUGUAUAAUAACCGUCUUUGAAUUCCUACCAAAUCACACACACACACACACACACACACACACACAGAGAAAAAAUUCAACGAAACAAAAAAAAAAAACGAAAAACAAAACAAAACAACAAUAAAAAAUAACGAUGGGGUUAAUCAACAAGACAUCUUUGAAUCUGAGUUCGAAUUUCACUUAUGACUCAUCAGAAGGAGAUUUUUAUGAUGAUUUCUACCCGACUCAUAGAGAAAUCACUCCCAAACAAAUUGUGGUGCCAAUCCUGUUUGGUUUUGUUUUUGUUAUUGGUAUUGUUGGAAAUGGUACUCUUAUCUACACAGUGCUUCGGAACCGUAAGAUGAGAGUUGUCCCAAAUAUUUACAUCGUCAGCCUUUCGUGUGGGGAUCUGCUUCUUAUCCUUAUUUCUGUUCCAUUCAAUUCUUUGGUUUUCAUCCUACCCGAAUGGCCGUUUGGCGAAGUGAUGUGUAAGAUCAACGAGUAUCUACAAACCGUUUCAUUAGGAGUAUCCGUUUUUACGUUGACUGCUCUUAGCGCUGACCGCUAUAUAGCCAUUGUGGACCCGAUGGCGAAACACAAGUCGAGAUUGAUUGUUAGAGCAGUAACCACAGCCGGGUGCCUAUGGGUGGUUGCCCUGCUAUUGGCAAUACCCGAUUUAAGUUCAUCUACAGUCAUUCAAGGAUCACACAAUGUGACUCUCUAUUCGGCAAGAGUUUGCGUGCUCUAUCCAACCGUUGACGUCAACGGCCAUCUUCCAAUGUGGUACCCACGAAUGAUGAUCAUGUUAAAAUUUUUCGUCUUCUUUAUGAUCCCAUUGAUCAUUAUAGGAAUUUUCUAUGUGUUAAUGGCUCGCAUUCUAAUAUUAAGCGCCAAACAAAUACCAGGAGAUUCAAACGGCAAAGCAAGUUAUAAAAAACAGAUCGAAACUCGAAUGAAAGUUGCCAAGGCAGUUCUUUCGUUUGUCGUGUUAUUCGCUAUCUGCUGGCUUCCCAGACAUAUUUAUCUCUUUUGGUAUUUUUAUUUCGAUGAAGAAUUCAUUCCAUUUUGGAUGAUGUUCAAAAUUGUUAGUUUUUGUAUGGCUUUCAUAAAUUCUUGUGUUAAUCCGUUCGCUCUUUAUUUCUUAAGCAACCAAUUUCGAAAAUACUAUAAUCGAUAUUUAUUUUGCUGGUGUACACCUAAACCUUAUGACGUCCUUAACACGCCGGGAUCUUCUGUUAUGUACAACUUUCAAAGCACUGUGAAUUCCACCACAACUUAUAUGCACAGCCAGACGGCUUGUUGAUAAAGGGGAAAAACGGAAAAGGAAAA